UUUGCUCCAGUCCUUUCUUGUUCGAACUCAAGAUGGCAAAGCUGCUUCCGAUUUGUUUCGUCCUUGUCCUCGGUGCCGUAGCUUCGAUGUGCGAGGCCACCACUUACACAGUGGGUGACUCCUCCGGCUGGGACAUCAGCACCGAUCUCGAUACCUGGGCUAACGGCAAGGCCUUCACCGUUGGAGACGUUUUAUCGUUUCAAUACCCAUCAUCGGAUAGCGUGGAAGAAGUGAGCAAAGAUAGCUACAACAACUGCAGCACGACGAACGCGCUCCAAACAUUCUCAAAUGGCAACACGACCGUCCCGCUCACGAGACCCGGCCCAUGGUACUUCAUAUCCGGUAACCGGUUAUACUGCCUCGGAGGGAUGAAGCUCCAGGUCAACGUGGCGAACUCGCAAGCCGCCUCGCCCGCCGGCGCGCCGCAAGCGGCUCCCGGGGCGGGUGCUGCAACCCAACCCGGUUCGAAGACCGACACCCCAGCCUCAUCUUCUUCAGACGGGCUUGUCCACGGUCGGAGUUGCAAGAUUGUUUCGGGCUUGAUAGGCCUUGUAGCCACUGCCCUGUGGGUGGCCCAUGUAUAAUAAUUCUUUUUUAUCAUUGACGAAAUCAAAUCCGUUCAUGUAUUCAGAAACAACAUCGUUUGUCUUAUUUGAGGGUACUUUUGUUUCGGGUUUUUUCUUGUUCUUUGUUUUCAUUUGAUGGGACAGAGUUAUGGAAACAUUGAUGGGCACUCGGAAAUGACAAGAUUGUUUGCUAA